AUGGCUGACCAUCGACCUCCCUCGUACCGCUACUCUGAGAGCUUGCCAAAGGUCGAUCUCUUGUCUCUUCAUCGCUCUAGGGUUAGCGUGGACAAGGGUUCACCCGGUCCCUCAGCUGCCCUCGAAGCUCCCAAGCCAGGAUCAGCCCUUCCCACAAGAACCAUUCCAAUGAGAGAACGGCCAUCUAUUGCAGCAGAUCGCUCGGCAUCUUCCAGUCCGGUGAAGUCAACAGCUCAGGGUCCAAGAGAUUCUGUCACCCAGUUCUGUCUCUGCCAGCCAGAUCCUAAAAUCCCUCGACCUCGCAAUGCUUUCAUUCUCUAUCGUCAGCACUACCAAGGAGCAGUGGUAGCUCAGAACCCGGGCUUGGCUAACCCGGACAUCUCCAAAAUCAUUGGCGAGCAAUGGAGAAAGCUUCCGCAGGCGACCAAGGACGAAUGGAAGGCUCUAGCAGAAGAAGAGAAAGCACGGCAUCAGCAACAGUACCCCGAGUACCGAUACCAACCCCGUCGAUAUGGUCGCGAUGGGACUGCAAGAAGUUUGAGCUCGGGGCUGGGACAUAAUCCCCCAGGUUCUACCAUCUGCAACAGGUGUGGAGGCCGGAUCAUGAACCCACCCGCAUCCCCAGACGCUGGAUUUUCUGGCGGCUCUGUGAGCAGCGGAAGGUCUUCAUAUGCGGAACAAGGUUCCGGUCGAAACUACAGUGUGGACCAAGGACCAAGAGGCAUGAAACAUGGAAGCCAAGGCCAUCCAGAGCACCGUCUCUCCCGAGCACGUCAAUGGGAAGAGAGCGGGUCAAUGUCUCCGGACUCAAAGCGACGCCGAACAAACCCCAACCCCCAUGUGCCAUUCAGGGCGGAGUUCCACCGCGACAAGAGCCCGCCAAACUCACCAUACUCGGUACAGCCUGGUGCCGGUCGCACAGAGAGCAUGAGCGGCCCUCGGAGCCUCGGCCACGGUCAUGCAAUGCAAGCCCCUCGGGGUCUUCGUCCAGUAAAGGAGCACCCACAACCGGAUCCCAGCCUGACUCUCCCACCGCUGAAAACCCAACCCUCGCUAUCGGCAGGCAUGACACCCAUCACUCCAUUCGCGCAGGACGGCUUCCAUAAGGAUAAAGGAUCAGCUGUGAUGAGUAUUCCAUUUCUGAACAAGAUCAAGCUGCUGGCGAAGAUAUCACCUCAGCUCCCAUUGUCUUUCCGCGACGGCGACUCCAGGCGUCGCGGCCCCGUCAUCGCUGUCGAUGGACAAGAUACAGCAUUGGUGAAGAAUGUUACCGAAUACCUCAGCAAUGCCUUGUCAAAGGAAGGCAAAUUCCAGGUCCGCGUCUUUGAUGGCCCGGAGAUCUCAGAGCCAAAGCAAAAACGCGAAGGCAGCACCGAGCCCGGGGAGAUGUGCGACAAGCAGGUUGAGUACUGGGGCUGCAUCUCCAAAUGGCAUCAGGUCUCUGAAAAGGUCAAAAGUUUUGUCAAGUCAGAACCACCACGCCGUUCCAUAGACCCCGGAUCAGGUGAAGAAGGGUCCCCUCGUAUCUCGCCAAAAACCGCCAAUCCCGACAAGGCCACUGCUGAAGCAAACAUAAGCUCCCCGCCCGCCUCUAGUGAUAAUGGGUCAGAGGCUGCAUCGUCUCCUCCCGAGACUGCGUCAACCCCCAAUCCCACCUCCAACUCCCUCCGGGUAGCUAUAGUUCCGCGGUAUCAGCUUACAACAGCCGACGCAUAUGCAUGCAUGGCCCCCAUAUCUGACCAUUACAACGUCGCCGACCAUUGGCAGUGGAUGGCAUCUCUGUGGCGCGGGGCCGUGGGCCCUGACAUCACAGUAUACGUCCGCGAAUGCGACGUACAGGAGCUGAGGCAGGUUGGAAACCCCGUCGAGAUCCGUCUGCAGGACGCGAAGACGGUUGUCGUGCGGAGAGCCUCAAACGCCCCGGGCCCGAAGGAGCUAGAAGAGAAGGUUCUAAAGCGGUUAGGUUUUGAGAUUGAAGAUUACCUUACGCAGUAA